CAGCUCGCCGCCCACGCCGCCAGGCUCGAGAAGGAGUGCGGCCUCUACGAGCGCGACCUGGAGCGCGCCAUGGAGUCCUGCGACGAGCUCGCCAGGGAGAGCGACGACCUGCGCAACCGCCUCAGGGACGCCCCCGACCUUACUGAACAAGUGCAAGCGCUGCAGAGGGACAAGGAGAUACUCAAGACCAACCUAAACAAAGCAGAGGAGGAGGUUAAGUUGCUAUUCGAGGAGAACAGAGCCCUCGAUGAAGCCAACAAGAGGCUGCUGUGCUUGCUGGAGAAGGAGCAGAAGCAUCGGUCCGAAAGAAAGCACUCCGCCAGUAAUUCCACCAAGCAGAAACGCAAGUCGUCGAGCCUGAAGGACACGAGCCCGGUCGGCCUGGCCAUCGAUUUCAACAGUGCGGACGCGUCGAGGCAGCCGCUGUUGCCCUUGCAGCCAAACUCUCCGGACUGCAGGGUGCAUAAGAAGUGAAGCUGGCCGUCCCGGCAUUCUCCUCUGGAUGGCUUAAACUGAAGUGAACUGAACAACUACCCCUUAGCUAGGCAUCGUCGCUUGCUGCUUGCCUGAUCCAUCUGACUAACUUGCUGGGUUUAUUUGGCUGGUUCUUGUCGGUAGAACCUCCUCGGUCAUAUGUAGCCUGCGUUUUCUGCUUUCUUCUUCCGCUUGUCUUGGCAGCUGCCUGUGUCUAUCAUAUCAUGAUCCUUUCAUGACAAAAUUAGUAGUAUUAUCUUAGUAGUUUUGUGUCUGGUGAUGAGCGUGUAAUGCGCUGAUUCGACGCCUAUUGUGGCAAGUUCGUCGUGUCUCUA